AUGUGCGUUCAUGAUGUGACUACAGGGUCUGGAAAGGGGACGCAAUGCGAGAUGAUUGUGAAGAAGUAUGGCUUUGUGCAUCUGUCUGCUGGGGACCUGCUGAGAGAAGAGGUGAAGAAGGGGACGGAAUUGGGCAAGGAGAUAGAGGGCAUCAUGAAGGAGGGCAAGCUGGUGCCCACACCAAUCACUGUCAAGCUGCUACGGGAGGCCAUGGAAAAGAGCAGCUCUGACACCUUCCUCAUCGAUGGCUUUCCCCGGGAGAUCAAGCAGGCGGAAAACUUUGAGCGCGAAGUCAAGCCCCCGCAGCUGGUCAUCUUCUAUGACUCCCCAGAGGAUGUGAUGUUGGAGCGGCUGCUGAAGCGCGCGAAGACCAGCGGACGGGCCGACGACAACGAGGAGACCAUCCGCAAACGCUUCAAAACGUUCCUGGAGUGCACAAUGCCAGUGGUGGAGCACUAUGAGCCGCAGGGCAAACUGGUGAAGAUUUCAGCGGUGCCGCCGCCAGAGGAGGUUUUUAAAUACACCGAGGAGGCGAUAGAGAAGGCCUGCGGCCAUGGGAGUACUAAAGACCAGAAAGCUCUUGCUGCCAGCUACAUCGAUGCUUUGCCCUGA